AUGAACUGCCCCUCGCGGACUGACGAUACCCUCCAACACCCCGGUUGGAACCAGAAUCCGCCGCCUCUGAACGCGGACGCGACAACGCGGGAGGACUUCAAUGGGAUGGCAAAUUCAAAGGUUCAUAGAGGACGCACCUUGGGAAUUGGCGAUGGAAAUAUUUCAGUGACGGAAUGCACCUCUCCUGCCCUCGACACAGACGAACCGGGUCCCAAGCCGAAUACAGCCGGCGGGGCAUUCUCUGCAUACUCCGGGCACCAGCCUGAGAGAAACAGUGAAGCGCCUCGCCGGUCUUUUCCAAAAAUUCACGUAUCUUAUUUAUCAGCUCGUAUCAUACAAAGUAUCGUCAAAUUCGGCCGCUUCAUUGGGCCGGGGUUCUUGAUCGCCGUCGCUUAUAUCGAUCCCGGGAACUAUGCCACCGAUGUCGCAGCUGGUGCGGAGUUUCGAUACGCUCUCCUCUUCAUUGUCCUCCUAUCGAACUUAUUCGCGAUUUUUCUUCAGUCGCUAUGUAUAAAGCUCGGGACAGUGACGGGGCUGAAUCUCGCAGAGAAUUGCAGGGAACACCUUCCCACGUGGUUGGUGAUCACUUUAUACAUCUUCGCAGAGGCAGCUAUGGUUGCGACAGAUAUAGCAGAGGUUGUUGGCUCUGCAAUAUCUCUCAAUCUACUCCUCAAUAUCCCGCUUGUUGCGGGAUGCGCCAUAACCAUCGCGGAUGUCCUGUUUAUCCUCAUCUUUUAUAGACCAAACGGCUCGAUGUGGGGUCUCCGACUGUUUGAGUUCUUCGUCAUGGCCCUCGUCCUGGGCGUAGUCAUAUGCUUUUGUAUCCAGCUCGCCAUGAUUAAAGAACAGUCAAUUGGAGAAGUGUUUCGCGGUUAUCUCCCAUCUUCAGCCAUAGUUCAAUCCAAAGGUCUAUACCAAAGCUGUGGUAUCCUUGGCGCAACAGUAAUGCCUCACUCCAUGUUCCUUGGAAGCGGCAUCGUGCAAGCCCGUCUCAAAGAAUUCGACGUCAUUUCCGGCUACGCCAACCCAACCGUCUGCAUCGGCAGCACAAAUGGCGAAGUCGAAUACCGCCCUUCCCUUCACGCCAUCCGCGGCUGCAUGAAAUACUCCAUCAUUGAACUCGCCCUCUCCCUGUUCACAUUCGCUCUCUUCGUCAACAGCGCCAUCCUCAUCGUUGCAGGCGCGUCCCUCUACAACACCCCCUCCGCAGCAGCCGACGCAGACCUCUUCGGCAUCUACGAUCUCCUCUCAUCGUCUAUCGCCCCAGCCGCAGGAACAGUUUUUGCCCUCGCCCUCCUCCUCUCUGGCCUCUCCGCCGGCAUCGUCUGCACCAUGGCCGGCCAGAUGGUCUCCGAGGGCAUGCUCAACUGGAGCAUCCGCCCAUGGCUCCGCAGAUUCCUCACCAGAUCUAUAAGCAUCAUCCCUAGCAUCAUUAUUGCAGCCGCAGUGGGCAGGGAAGGCCUCAACAAAACUCUCACUGCGAGCCAAGUCGUCCUCUCUGUUAUCCUCCCGUUCGUCAGCGCCCCGCUUGUCUACUUUACUUGCCGCAAUCGGUACAUGACUGUUCCUGUAGACCGGAUGCCUGACUCCGAUAUCGACGCAGACACAGGCGGUACUGCGGAAGCUGAAACUGAGCGAGAUCAGGUCCAGUCACCGACUCCCGGGGAUGGAGACGCUGAUACCCGUACCGGCAGCGCAGGCGUACAAAUGGGUAACGGCUUCAUUGUCUCCGUUUUAGCUGUCUUAGUCUGGAUAGUCAUCGCUGUUAUGAAUGUGGCUUUGCUUGUUCUUGUAGGGAUGGGGAAGGCUUAG